AUGCUUCUGCUGACAAUAAAGUGGCUUUAAUUUACUUUUAUGGGUACUACCCCAUGCAAUAUUAGCAUAAUUAAUAUGACAGUGUAUAAAAGAGUAUUAUAGUUGAGUUAGUGAAUGUUUGUUUAAAACGCUUCUUGCUUUAUAUAAAACUCCAAUGCUUUUUGCAAUUUUGUUGCAUAAAUGUCCGAUGUGAUUCUUCCAUGAUAGAUUUUCAUCAACAAUGAUACCUGCCUCCGAUUCCCAAGAAUCUGGCAAAAAUGAAGGAAGCUCUCGACAAUGGACAUCCGUUCGAAGACAUCUACCAAGGUUUCGUCGAAUUCGAAUAUGGGAAGGUCGGAUUUAUUUUUGCAGACCCAAAACUUCUCGCUCUCGUUGAAAAGACUCAAGAACUCUUCGUCGAUGCCACCUUUAAAACACGACCUCACCACGAUAUAUUUUCUCAACUGUUGAACAUCAUUGUCAUCUUCAAAGAUUACUCUGUCGCGGUGAUGCAUGUCUUAAUGACAUGCAAGGAGCAAGCACUCUACGGCCAGAUCAUGGAGCGGUUCAAAGCUUUGGUUGGAUCGGACUUCAAGCCAAAAAGUGUGAUGUCGGACUACGAACGGGCGAUCCUGAACACCAUGCAAACUGCCUUUCCGGAAUCGAGAGUGUCUGGAUGCAGAUUUCACUUCAGCCAAGCAGUUCUCCGGAAAGUGUGUGCUCGCAACAAGGAGAAUUUCUAUAAAAAUGUUGAGUUUAGGAAUCUGAUGCUCAAACACAUGGCCCUAAGCACUCUACCGGCAAACCAAAUGGUACCGGUAUUCCAACAGCUGAAGCAAGAAGUGCUCCACUUACAACCACUCAGGCUCCGGAAGCAAGUCCAGAUAAUGCACAGGAAUUACUUCUUAAAGUGGUGGUUCCAAGACAUCGGACCCCAGUUGAUCUCUACGUACGGUCUUGCACAUAAGACCAACAACGUCUGCGAAAGUCUCCAUAAGAAAAUGUCUUUGAAGCUGGCAAAGGCAUUGACAAUCUGGAGAUUCCUCUCAGAUCUGAGGAUGUUCGUCAUCGAGCCAGCAAAGAUCGAUGUCCUACAGUUGGACAACAACAUCAGGAUCCGGAGGAACAUCAAAUUAUUGAACCAGGUAGCGGCCAGAACUGUGAAGAAUCAGGAGGAGCGACUGGCCAAUGGGGAAAUCACCCCCAUUUAACACCUCCAUUUUAUGGCCCACAGAGUGCCCACUCCGGUUCUUCCGAAUGACCCAGAUCAGGAUGAGGCCGAUGCAGAGCUGGCAGCAGAAAUGGCCGCCGCCGAAAUGGCUACGCCGAUGAUGAGGAUGGCGACGACGAAGUCUUUGACGAACACGGAGAUGAUGACGCAUUCCUGGCAGCCGCAGGGCCACAGGCAGAUGGACAACAACAACCGGGUCACGCCGCCGCAGGUCCAGCAGCAGAACCGUGUUGCAUUUGCAUGGCGAGCCCCAAGGACACAAUACUACUGCCGUGCGGGCAUGUCUGCGUGUGUUCAACAUGUACAGCCCUUCUUGAAGCCCAAGGACUUGACGAUGAACCCGAGGGCGUCUAUUUGUGCUCCGUAUGUACGACACGGGUUACUUCGCGACAUCGGCUGUUCUACGCCUGAAAAAAUUGACUGAAAAUGGCUUUCUAUUUCCUAUUAUUUUUAAAUCUACUUUCAUUUUUCAUGUAUUUUUCUUAUAAAUUGACUAAAUAAA